UUUUUAAAAACAUGGCAGUUGCAGCAAACGUCCAAUCAGAACCUAGAAAUUUAGCUGUCAACUCGGCCCAAAUAUCCCUUUCUUGGACAUCCACCACACAAUUUACCUGAAUUCUUCAACUUCAUCCGUACAACACCAUAGACGUUCGCUUUGAUCACACUCGAAUUCGGACACAUAUCACCAUGUCAGACAAAAAAGAUCAAACCAUCGACAUCACGGUCGAUUUUUCUGGCGGCCUUGAGAUUCUCUUUUCCAACCAGAAGCAUCAUGCUCUCUCAGUACCAGCCCAAGAUUCCGAAGGCAAGCCAGCCAACGUCGGAUUCCUCAUCAACUAUCUAUGCCAGACGCUCAUGACGGAUCCCCGCGCUGAUCUCUUUGUGCUUGGUGGUGAACUCCGCCCAGGUAUCUUGUGUCUAAUCAAUGACUGCGACUGGGAGCUGGAAGAGGAAGAUGCCUACGUGCUUCAGCCAGGAGAUAACAUCCUCUUUAUCUCUACGCUUCACGGUGGUUAGUGCACCAAGUGAUGACGGUUGGGGGUUUAAUAGACAGCGGGGCGAUUAUAUUUACAGUUGGUACCCGUCCCAUUUGUUUCAUUCAG